UCUGAUGGCUAAUGGAGGUGCACGCAUUAAUCUGAAGGAAAUUGUCUAUUGUUCGCAAGGGUAUAACUCGACGCCGGGAUCAUUGAUGAGGCUGAAUAUCGAAACACUCGUGGCUACAAAAAUCCCUUUGCAAAUUGUGCGGCCUUUCGGGACCGCAGAUCCAAACCCAGAUUUUAGCAGUCCAAACGAUGUUGUUUUAAGCGACCAGUACGAUGGCUACUUUUUCACCGAUCCACCAUAUGGAUACUAUCAAAACUUCCGUCCCGAGAACACCAUGCCGCCUGCUGUUUAUUUCGCCGACAGACGAAGUUUGAAUGUCACACGCAUUUGGUUUUUUCCCUCGAACUACCGGCCAAAUGGGCUUUCGCCGUCCGCCGACGGAUCUCGGUUGUAUGUCGCCAACUCAGGAUUCCAAAUCGGCAACGGUUCAACGGACCCGAGCGUUCCCAUUGUCAUGCACGUCUUCGCCAUGUCCAAAGGCAGCAAGGGUGUUCCCGUGUUGACCGAGAUGGAUCCCAUUUCCACGGCACCGGCGUCGGUGUGCCGGAUACGGCAAGUAUCCCAGUCAAACGACGCGAUAUUUCACGAAGGACCGGUGUUUGUGGAGACCACCAACGAGUUGUAUUUCUCGUCCAACCGCUUUAUUAACAGCAAUGGAGAAGAACAUAUUCGCAUUUCUAAAUUGAAUGUGGCGACGCCGAACGCAAUGCCGGUCACAGUGAUAACCAAUCCCCCGAUUCUGAUGGCCAAUGGAGGCGCACGCAUCAAUCGGAACGAGAUUGUCUACUGUUCGCAAGGAUAUAACGCGACAUCGGCCACUACAGCCAAAUCUGGAUUUUAG